AUGGCGAGCGUUCAGCAAGGCGAGAAGCAGCUUUUUGAGAAGUUCUGGCGAGGAACCUUUAAAGCUGUGGCCACCCCGCGUCCCGAGAGCAUCAUUGUCGCCAGCAUCACGGCCCGCAAGCCGCUGCCAAGGACAGAACCUCAGAGCAGCCCCAUGGUCCCUGCUCAGGAUGGACCCUCGGAAAAGCUGAGCCAGCAACUGGCCACUGAGGCCUUGGGCACCAACAGCUGGGAGAGAGACAAGGCCUGCCGAGAGCUCAGUCCUGCCAGAGCACGCAGUGCCUCCCGAGUCAAAGACUUGACACCACUGCCUUCCUCCAGGGGAAAGAAGAAAAAGAAGAAAUCCACCCGGAAGAAGAGAAGGAGGUCCGCAUCAUACAGCCCAUCGCCUGUCAAGAAAAAGAAGAAGAAAAGUUCCAAGAAACAUAAGCGACACAGGUCAUUCUCCAAGAAGAGAAGGCACAGCUCCUCUAGCCCAAAAAGCAAAAGAAGGGAAGAGAAGAGGCACAAAAAACAAUCGCGAAGCCGGCCCCGAAAAUCUCACCGCCACCGCCACCAUCGCGGCCCCUCGCGGUCCCCGAGCUCGGCGUCCCGCUCCUCCAGCUGUGAGAGCAGGCACCGUGGCCGGUCCCCUGAAGAAGGGCGGAAGUCCCGCCGCAGACACUCCCGCCGCUGCUCCAAGACCCUCUGCAAGGCCAGCCCCGAGGCCCGGUCCAGCCGCCCGCCCAGCCAACCCCUCCAGAUGCUCAGCCUCCUGUCGGCCAGGGCUGUAAUCACUGGGUCGGGCUCUGCUGCUGACCUCUUUACCAAAACAGCCAGCCCGCUCACCACCUCCCGAGGACGCUCCCAGGAGUAUGACUCAGGCAAUGACACCUCCUCGCCACCCUCCACGCAAAUCAGCUCAGCCAGGUCGCGGGGUCAGGAGAAAGGGAGCCCCAGUGGGGGCCUAAGCAAGAGCCAGGACCUCAACGGCGGCGACACCUCUGAUUCAGGGAACUCCUUCACCACCUCCUCACCCCAGAACAAGGGGGCCACUCUGGAGAAUCUCUCCCCCACCAGCAGGGGCAGAGAGUCAAGAGGAUCUCAGUCGCCAUGCCUGGAGUGCACCGAGGUGAAGAAGUCCAGCCUGGUCCCGGCCACGGCCCGGAGCUCCCCCAUGAGAGGGUGCUCCCGCAGCUCCUCCUAUGCCAGCACCCGCUCCUCCAGCCACUCCUCCCGAUCGCCAAACCCCAGGGCCUCCCCCAGGUACACCCGGAGCCGAUCCGCCUCCUCUGGGAAAAGGUCCUACUCGCGCUCUCCCAGCUAUUCCUCCAAGUCUGGAAAGAGGAGCCCGCCUAGCAGAAGCUCUCGAUCCCGCCGCAGCCCCAGCUACUCCCGCUACAGCCCCAGCAGGGAGCGGGACCCCAAGUACAGUGAGAAGGACUCGCAGCAGCGGGAGCGCGAGCGGGCGCGGCGGAGACGUCGGUCCUACUCGCCCAUGCGGAAGCGCCGGAGAGACUCCCCGAGCCACCUGGAGGCGCGGAGGAUAACCAGUGCCCGGAAACGCCCCAUCCCCUACUACCGGCCCAGCCCCUCCUCGUCCAGCAGCCUCAGCAGCACGUCCUCCUGGUACAGCAGCAGCAGCAGCCGCUCGGGCAGCCACAGCUACUCCCGGAGCCGGAGCCACGGCCGCAGCCGCAGCCGGAGCAGGACCCGCCUGAGCAGCAGCUCCAGCUCCCGCAGUCCCAGCCCGGGUUCCCGGAGCAGGAGCCGCAGCCGCAGCCGGAGUUACAGCUCCGCAGACAGCUAUUCCAGCAUGAGGCGCUGAGCAUGGGCCCUCCCCUGAGCCAGCUGUCCGCGGGGGCCCCUUUCACUCUGCCAGCCGCCCCCACUCCAUGCCCACCCUGCCUUCUCCUUGGUGACAGACAUUGAGGGCUCCUGGACCUGUCCUUCCUGCUCUCCUGGGGAGGAGGAAAAGGGGGUACGGGGGCUUUAGCCUCUAGGUCAAGCUGCCAGGAGCCUCCACCAGCAUCACCCUGGGGCUCAAUUCAGGCCUGGGCAUAUGGAGAGAAGCACCCUCUGUUGGCACAAGAAGCCUCAAGGUUUUGUAAGAAGCAAUGGGUUCAUGACUCAAAAGUUUGGGCCUGGCCAGGAAAACGUGGAGAGAGUUCUGGUAACGCCCUGCUCCCUAAAGGAUGCAUACGGAAGGCCAGUGGUAAUUCAUCCCACCUGCCCUCCUGCCCGCCUUCUCCCCUCAUUCAAUCUCAUGGCUGCACGUGUGUGGAGCCCCACAGGGGUCGGGGGAGAUGAGAGGAGACCGGGCAGUUCAGGCCCAGGAGAGGGGUCAGCCUCUCCCCUCCCCUGACAGGCCAAAGCAAAGGCUCGAAGGCUAUUGGGUCCUAGAAAAGGGACAUACAUGAGCAGGGGAUGGGGACAUUUCAGUCGGUAGUAGGUGUCGGGAGGUAGGAGAUAGACUCUGUGGUCAUGAGAUAGAAGCAAAAAGGACAGGGUCGGUCCGCUGCUCCCAGUAUCUCAGCAUGGUCAGGAAAAGGAGCCAGUAGGUCCUAGCCAUGGAGGGGCCACUACGUGGUUUACACAAAAUGCCCCUUAGCUGUUCACGGGGACCCUGCAACCUCACUGAGAAAGGACGCAGUGGACACUUAGGACAGUUUGGUCUGGAGUCCCACUUCCCAAAUUUGCCUCAGCCCCACUAGCUGGCACCAACUUAAUUCCACGGGACCAUCUGCUGAACAUUCCCCAGUGCCAUGGCCAGCUGCCAGUCCCCAGCGCCAGCCAG